CGCGAGGAGCAGACAUGGCUGCGGACAGGCUGAUGUUCCAUGAGAUGGGAUUAGAUGACCGUCUGUUAAAGGCGGUGGCAGAUCUGGGUUGGUCCCAGCCGACUCUGAUCCAGGAGAAGGCGAUCCCGUUGGCUCUGGAGGGGAAAGACCUGCUGGCUCGAGCUCGGACCGGAUCCGGAAAGACGGCAGCGUACGCCGUUCCUGUUAUACAGAGAAUCCUGAACUCCAAACAGACUGUUCGGGAGCAGGAUGUGAGAGCUCUGAUCCUGGUUCCAACCAAAGAGUUGGGUCAGCAGGUCCAGACCAUGAUCCGACAGCUGACAGCUUACUGCUUGAGAGAUGUCCGAGUGGCCGACAUCUCCAGCAAAGCUGACCUGUCGGCUCAGAGGCCGAUCUUAAUGGAGAAGCCUGACGUGGUCGUUGGGACGCCGUCUCGUGUGCUUGCUCACCUCAACGCCCAGAACCUGAUCCUGCAUUCGUCCCUGGAGACGCUAGUGGUGGACGAGGCCGACCUGCUGUUCUCUUUUGGCUUCGAGGCAGAUCUGAAGAACCUGUUGUGCCAUUUGCCUAAAAUCUACCAGUCGUUCUUGAUGUCGGCUACUCUCACCGAGGACGUUCAGGCCUUAAAGGAGCUGCUGCUGCACAACCCUGUGAUCCUGAAGCUGCAGGGCUCCCAGCUGCCCGACAGCAACCAGCUGCAGCAGUACAGCAUCAAAUGUGAAGAGGAGGACAAGUUUCUGCUCAUCUACACGCUGCUGAAGCUGCGGCUGGUUCAGGGGAAGACGCUCGUGUUCGUGGGAGCCGUGGACAGAUGUUACAGACUGAAACUGUUCCUGGAGCAGUUCAGUAUCCCUGCAUGUGUGCUCAACUCUGAGCUGCCUGUUCACUCCAGGUGUCACAUCAUCACACAGUUCAAUCAGGGCUUUUACGACUACAUCAUCGCCACAGACGAGCAGAGUUUGGCCGACCCGACCGCCGCUCCUCCGACUCCGACGACCGCGGGAAAAGGGAAGAAGAAAAAGAAGACGGGCGAGAAAGGAGGAAAGGGGAAGGAUAAAGAGUACGGCGUCUCCAGAGGUGUGGACUUCCAAAACGUUGCCAACGUCAUCAACUUUGAUUUCCCCACAACUUUCGAGUCUUACAUUCAUCGAGUUGGACGGACGGCGAGAGCAGACAACCCCGGCACUGCUCUGUCCUUUAUCUCUCACACUGAGCUCGAUCUGCUGUCGGAGGUGGAGGAGGCGCUCACAGGAGAAAAUGCUGUUUCUGCUCUGAAACCUUACGAGUUUAAGAUGGAGGAGAUUGAAGGUUUCAGGUACAGGUGCAGGGAUGCGAUGCGUUCAGUUACCAAACAGUCGGUGAGGGAGGCCAGACUGAAGGAAAUCAAACAGGAGCUGCUAAACUCAGAGAAACUCAAGACAUAUUUUGAGGAUAACCCCAGAGAUCUGCAGCUGCUCAGACACGACAAAGAUCUCCAUCCUGCCGUCGUCAAACCUCACCUGAAGAACGUUCCCGAGUACCUCAUUCCUGAGACACUGAAGGGGACGGUGAAUCCUCUGUUAAGCAGGAGGAGGAAAAAGAGGAAAGACAAGCUGAAAUCAGAAGGAGGAGUUGUUAAGCCGAGUUUCAAGAAGAACAUUCAGGGGAAGAACCCACUGAAGAGUUUCCGUUACACCGGAGGAAGAAACAGAAAAGGCAAAACCGGCCAGUUGUAGUUGCAGCUGCUGCACACGACUGUACAUCACACUUGUGCAGAGACUUUCACCUGCCUGGAGCUCUGUUGGCUUUACAAUAUAAUCUAUACAGUUUGAACGGAAGGGUAAUGUGAGCUGUUGAAGCUGUACGGGCCAACGAAAAAAUGGAUUAUGAACUGUGACUAAUGAGGACUUUGAAACAAGAGGAAAACGCAAGAAACAUCAGUUUGAACCCGGAUUUUUCAAAUUCAAAAUAAUUAUAAGAGGAAUUAAGUGUCUUUAUUAUCUGUUUCUUCUGUUCUGGAAACUUUGAAAAUGUUUAUUAAAAUAAAAUGA